AUGGCUCCGCCUGGGGAUCCGCGGCGCCUCUGCAGGCUGGUGCAGGAGGGCCAGCUGCGUGCUCUGCAGGCGGAGCUGGAGUUAGCUGGAGGUUGCCCGGGGCCAGAGAUGGCCCGAGGCAGCCAAGGGCCUGCUGGGGACACCCUUCUCCACUGUGCAGCACGCCACGGGCGCCAGGACAUCCUAGAGUACCUAGUGGAGGCUUGCAAUAUGGACAUCGAGGCCGCCAACCGAGACUACAAGCGGCCUCUGCACGAAGCUGCCUCUAUGGGCCACCCGGACUGCGUGCGCUACCUCCUGGGCCGAGGUGCAGUUGUGGACUCCUUGAAGAAGGCGGACUGGACUCCUCUGAUGAUGGCUUGCACAAGGAAGAACCUUGAGGUGAUCCAGGACCUUGUGGAUCACGGUGCCAAUCCACUCCUGAAGAACAAGGACGGCUGGAACAGUUUCCACAUUGCCAGUAGAGAAGGCGACCCUGUGAUUCUCCGGUACUUGCUCACUGUCUGCCCAGAUGCUUGGAAAACAGAGAGCAAAAUUAGAAGAACUCCUUUACACACUGCAGCAAUGCACGGCUGUUUUGAAGCAGUCCAGGAGCUUCUUGAGAGGUGUCACUAUGAACCAGACUGUAGAGACAACUGUGGUGUCACGCCCUUCAUGGAUGCAAUUCAGUGUGGCCAUGUUAGCAUAGCCAAGCUGCUCCUUGAAAAUCACAAGGCUUGCUCUUCAGCCGCAGAUAGCCUGGGGGCCCAGGCUCUACACCGAGCAGCAGUCACUGGGCAGGAUGAAGCCAUACGAUUCCUGGUGUGCGGUCUUGGCAUCGAUGUAGAUGUGAGAGCAAAGUCAAGCCAGCUCACAGCCCUUCACUAUGCAGCGAAGGAAGGACAGACAAGCACAGUUCAAACUCUGUUGUCCUUGGGUGCCGAUAUCAACUCUACAGAUGAAAGAAAUCGCUCAGCCCUGCAUCUGGCCUGUGCAGGUCAGCAUGUGGCUUGCACCAGGUUCCUCCUACAGUCUGGACUGAAGGAUUCUGCAGACCUAACAGGCACCUUAGCCCAGCAACUCAUGAGGAGCGUAGAUAUCCUUCAGGACUUUGGCCACGAUGUGAAAUCAUAAGGAUGCUUGAAGAAGGAGGUGAUGGAGCUCAUGGUAGUUCACGUCAUGCUUCUUCAGUUGCCGACGGAUCAGGGAGUUACUCCUCAGCCAGCGUUUCAUCUCUUCCUGCCUUUCCUUCUGCGUGUUCUUCAGCUGAGUGACCAGGAGUCUGGAUUCCUGGCAUGCUGUAUGACCUUGAACCAUUUUGUUUUCUUUUUCAAACUGUAAUGAGGAUUGAACUCAGAACCUUCACAUGCCCAACAAGUGCCAUGCCGCUAAAGCAUAUCACCAGCUCCAUAUCUUGGCUUUUCUACCCUCCAAGGAAAAUGAGAUUAAACACAGAGGCUUGUAUAUCCUUAGGAAGUGAAUGUAAUAUAUAUGUCUUAGAAUAUCUAUUAAAUUAAAAUAUAUAUUAAAAUAUAAUAAAACAAAAUAUAAACUGCUGUUUAUUCAAGCUAUAAAA